CGCGAAAAGUAAUGAUUAUUUCUGUCCGCGGGCGUUUAGUUCCGCAUACUCCCGCGGUGGCGCUGUGCACGGGACUCCGACCGCGAAUACGUACCUCGUUAUAUGGAUUUUAAAACGUAUUAAGACUAUUGUAAAUUGAUAAAUUGCGUGUUAAAAUAUAUCGGAGUGAAAUCUUAACAAACCGUGUUGCGUGGCUGUGCGUUAAAUACAUAAGUCGUUGUGUCUGGGCGUAUCGCGAUGCUGGGUCGCUCGGCCCGUGUCGUCCAUUAGAAACGAUUUUCCAGGGGCAGUGGAGGGUGUGCGAGAUAAAACGGAAAAUUCCCCAGUGCGCUAGGAGUAGUGUGCAGGCUAGAUGUGGUGGGUCCGAUGAGUGUUGUUGCAACAUGUACGAGUGCACGAGUGUAUCGACCGCGCCGACACCACGGCUGGCUGUUUUCCAAAGUCGCGUCGUGCGCGCUCGCCCGACUCUACACGCUUAACGAGAUAAUCGCAAACGAUUUCGCACUGAACUCUGGUUUAAACUAUUGUUAUGAGUGUUAGCACGCACAAUGUCCGCUGUUCCGACCGCUCAGUGCGGCCAUAUCAUCUAGAAACAAAACGAGCCCACUAAAUGGCGUUUGGGAAGAUUCUCACUGUGCUGGUCGUGGUAGCCAUCGUACUUGGCGACCAUGAGGUCGAAAAAGAGAAUAAAACAAAGAAAACCGUGGAGGCGGAGACGCAACAGAAGUAUAGGAGUGCAAAUCCGGGGAAGGAGCGAGGUUCUUUCCACAAGCUCACCAGUCUCAUGAACAGGACGGAUGAUAGACGGCAGUCGCGGAGGGGCGACAAGACGUUAGCCGUCGACAAGCUGCUGCGGCUCAACCAGAAGAACAAGUACAACGCCAUGCUGAACGACAACGAAGGAGCCAUCGCGAUCAACCAGAAGACCUUCACGGACAACGAGACCGUCUCCCUCAACGAGAAGAUGAAGAUAUUACGGCCAAAUGGGCCAAUGUACGAGGCUGUUAAUAAGAACCCCUAUAUUUCUCAAGCUACGGGGGUUUACUGUAACUUUGAGAAGAAUGGCACGGAGAAUCCUGCGAAUAUGUGCAUGUGGCAGUGGAAUUCCACGGUAUCCAGCCACGGGUUGGGCUUCAAGGUGGUGACGGCUGCUGAUGUGGUCUCCAUGAACCAGACUACUAGAGGCAUGAAGUUCUCAGGACCUGCGCAUGAUGCUGACGGCAAUGUGGACGGUCAUUUCCUGUACCUGGCCGUGGAUCCUACGAUGGAGAACAUGGUGAUAAAGUCACCGCCAUUCAGAGGACUGUGGGAGUUCUGUAAGUUCGAAGCGAAACUCCACCAGAGUAAGAUGCAGAACGCGAGCAUCCGCCUCGUGUCCGAGUCUACCAUGUCCGGAGUGCAGUGGAUACUGCAGGAGGUAGCUGGGAAUAACUUCGAAAUUUGGCAUCCAAUGCGCUUCAUGAUAGGCAAGGUGCAGCAGGAAAUCCGGAUUAUCAUAGAGAUCACACGUCCGACCUACGUGAGCCUCUCGCAGACACUGCCGCACAUUGCCAUAGACAAUAUACGCAUGAUAGAGUGCGUGCCGGAACCGCCCGUGUUCAAUGGCGAGUGUGUGGCGGGACAGCUGAAGUGUCAGAUUAUGAAUAAAUAUUCGUGCAUCAAGCUGCAGCAAGUUUGCGAUCUAGUCAAGGAUUGUGAUGACGGAAGCGAUGAAGUGCAGAAUUGUGACAAAAUGCCAUUCGGAUCGUACUGCAACUUCGAGCAAGAUACCUGCGGGUUUGAGAAUGUACCUCAGCCAAUCCUCAGAUGGUCCCGCCACAACGGGCCAACCCCCACUGAGAAGACGGGCCCCAACCACGAUCACACAUGCCACAUCGGGCCCACUCUCCCCCAUCCCACCAUGAUAGUCCCACUCCUCCCCGCCCACCUCAGCGCCCAAUGCGUCGGCUACUACUUCUACGUCAACAUGAACGUAACUGGUCCCAAUAAGGAGAAAGCUGACUUCGCGUCCACGGCUGUCAUGAGAACAGUCAUUUUUAAUCCUCCCCCGAAAGUCCACGGGAAUAUUACGUCGAGAUAUUAUAAUUGUUGUAUGAUAAGAUUCUACUACCAACAAAACGGUCGCAACUACGGCUCGUUAAGCGUUAACCUGGUGGAACUUACCAACCGCGGCAACAUCACCACUUCUCUCUGGUUCAGUACCAAGGACAAGGGAGAGUACUGGUACAGGGCGUCUAUGUUCCUGCCUAAUGUUACUAGAAGAUACUUCCUAGAAUUCAAAACCCGCAUGGGCAUGCGGAUAUACUCAGACUCGGCUAUAGACGACUUUUCUAUGGCGCCGGAGUGUUUCGGGCUGAACAUAGACCCCGCGGAGCUAGGGGACUACAAUUAUUAUGACCCCUCGUUUGAGGAGAAGACGACUCCACAUCCGGCGUUCGUUGAUAAGCCAUUCUAUCGCUUCUCAACAUGCGGAGCUACCGGUCGCUUCGGUCCGAACCAGACGAUGUGUGACGUCGCGUACAACAACACACCAGUGUCUGUGAGCGUUAUACAGAACCCGCCUUAUCAGGGCAUACAGCUGUGGGAGGUGCCUGCUGAGGGAUUGUAUACGUUAAUAGCGACAGGAGCUAGCGGAGGCCUGGGGUCAGCUUGGGCUGGAGUAUCGCACGCAGCCGCGGUGCGAGCGCUGGUCGAACUGCACAAGAGCGAGAGAGUCUACAUACUGAUUGGACAGCAAGGACUCAAUGCUUGUAAGAAGACCCUCUCAGCCCAAGAAGGUCAGCACGAAUGCUCCCGUCGCCAAGCCAACGAGACCCGCAUGGAGUUCACCAGCAAGACGCAUGAAGUCAGGAACACUAAUGUCAGUGACGGAGGAGGAGGGGGCGGUGGUGCAACUUAUGUAUUCUUGUUGGACAAAGACGGCCAAGCGUUCCCUCUGCUAGUAGCGGGAGGAGGGGGAGGGUUGUCCGUCGGCAGUUUCCGAGAUGAUGGAUCCCAGCAUGCCAGACCCCUGACUAACGCGACCCCGGAGUCUGGGUAUAUGUAUGGACAGCCUGGAAAGACUUCAGGUGCUGGCGGAGGCUGGCUAGCGCGUUCAGGUCCCAUGACUCCUGGCUUCGAGCUGGUCCGAGGGGCAGCCUUACAUGAAGGUGGGGCGGGAGGAGCCGCGUGUGAUGGUGAAGCGCACGGAGGGUUCGGCGGUGGAGGAGGUGGAUGUUUGAGGGGCGGCGGGGGAGGAGGUUGGCUUGGCGGCAACACGAACGAAGGCGGCGGUGCUCACGGCGGCGGCGGCUGGUCGUACAUCGCGCCGCGCGCCGAGCGCCACUACAGCGACGUGGGCGUCGCGCCCCGCACCGGCCCCGGGGAGCUGCUCAUAUUCCCUGCUAUACACGAUUGUGACUGCGACUACCGUUGCGUGGCUCUGAACGAGUACCGCAGCGAGGUGAAGUGCUACUGUCCCGCCACGUGGACUACUGAUGCUCAUGAUCCUACCAAGUGUAUAUUGGAGGACGCGUGGCCACGUACUCCAUGGGUGGUCAUCAUCGUGCUGUCGGUGGCUGUGUUCGUGUGUGCUCUGGCAGUCCUGUGCGUCUGUCUGUAUCUAUCAUUCCGAUCUUCAGACAACACAUACCAACGGAAGAAGGAAGCUGAACAGCAACAGAAGCGGCUCCUCGAACAGGAUGUCCAGCUCCAACGACUGAGGAGUGCUCCGGGAGGGAAUGAUAACCUCACCAUGGCUUUCAACCCUCAUUAUGGAAGUGAGAGCAUAUUGCCGCAAGGCAUCGAUGUUAGGGGACUGCCGCAGGUGUCUAGAGAGAGUUUGAAGCUCGUCAAGGCUCUAGGCCAGGGUGCGUUCGGAGAAGUCUACCAAGGUCUGUACCGUCACCGCACAGGAGACACGGUGGAAAUGCCAGUAGCUGUCAAGACGUUACCAGAACUGUCCACAGGACAAGCGGAGUCUGACUUCCUUAUGGAGGCAGCCAUCAUGGCCAAGUUUAGCCAUCCGAACAUUGUGCACCUCAUUGGCGUGUGCUUUGAUAGGCAUCCCAGGUUCAUAGUCCUGGAGCUGUUAGCUGGUGGGGACUUGAAGAACUUCCUCCGCGAGAGUAGACCGAAGCCCGAGCGGGCCAGCGCCCUCACUAUGAAGGACUUGCUGCUUUGCUCCAUCGAUGUCUGCAAGGGUUGCCGGUAUCUGGAGAGCAAGAGGUUUAUACACAGGGACAUAGCAGCACGGAAUUGCCUGCUAACAUCCCGGGGCCCGGGACGCGUGGUGAAGAUCGCGGACUUCGGGAUGGCCCGGGACAUCUACCGGUCUGACUACUACAAGAAGGGCGGGAAGGCCAUGCUGCCUAUCAAGUGGAUGCCACCAGAAGCUUAUAUUGAUGGCGUCUUUACUAUCAAAACUGAUGUUUGGUCAUUCGGUGUGCUGCUUUGGGAGGUAUUCUCUUUAGGCGUGAUGCCGUACACCGGCUGCGCCAACAGGGAGGUCAUGGAGAUGGUCUCCGGAGGAGGGAGGUUAGAGAAACCUUAUGGGUGUCCACAAGAGAUCUACAGGCUGAUGUGCGAGUGCUGGAACCCGACGCCCGGCGAGAGACCCUCCUUCGCGCACAUGUACGAGAGGAUGCAGCGGUUUGUGCAGGACCCAGCGAUAGUAAGCGCUCCGCUGCCAAUAGUGCGGUCUCUAUUACCGCCGCACACAGAGAUGCCAACCAACGCCAAUGGGCCGCAGCGACCAACGGCGUGCGACUACCUCGUGCCGAUGUCGCCGCAGGACAACCCGCCGACCAACACUAGCCCAACGGAACCGCUGGUCCCUCAUAGCAAAUCGCAAACGGUGGCGCAGGAACAACCAGAAACGGAGGAUUCACAAUAUCCACCUCUUCUGAAAGCAUCACAAGAAUAUGGCAACAUUCCAAUGGCGUCCCGGAGCGGCGCAAACGCAACAAAACGAGAUGCCUCCGCUAUCUCCGUCGCCGAGACAAGGACCACAACAAAGUUUCUGCCGUCUAACUCUACAGAUAGACUGCUAAGUUCAGUAGAAGGUCCGUCACUGGACGAGAUAACACCGGAGGACGAGAAGCCGGUCAUCUGGGAGACUUCCUUCACGGAGCAGCCUCGCAUCGUCACGCCGCGCCAGAGCAUCGAUAAUGGACCUGCCGUCGAAAAAUUAAUAAGCAUAACCCCAACCUCACCCAAACCACCAGAAAACGCUCUAACGAAAGCCAUAGAAGCAAAUGUGAUAGACAAAACUAAUCACAAGAACGCGUUGAUGCCCGAACGAAAAACUGCACCCAUUGCGUCACCCGACCCUCCCCGCAUCAACGCUUGGGCUAACAAAGAACCGCCGAAAUACAUUCCCAAACCAAAACCUCUAUGCUUAGACGCAGCCCAACUAGAGCAAAACCUGAACGCGUUGAAAAAAAAUAGCGGAUCCGUUAACUUGACAACAAUGAACAUUUUGCCGCCAUAUAUUAACGUUGUCACUCCGAACAAACUGUCGGAAUCAAAGACUAUACAAAUAGACCCUAAGAAGGCGGUGAUCGACGAUUUGCCUAAAGAGGUUGAGCCGAAAGAGGAAAAAGGGAAGUUGAAGCAGUCAAACUCAGCGGCGAGCCUGCUCAACGGGCCGAUGACGGACGUGCCGUACGCCGACAGCGACAACGCGUCAUCCUCGUCCAACAGUAACCCCAGCAACAAGUUCGACGACAGGAACAUCGUCAACAAACAGGGUAACGGCGAAUUUGUCGGCGACUCCGAAAUUAGUUGCUAGAUCGUCCAGUGAUAGUGGUUGUGUUGAACUGUGCCACCCAGACACGCAGUGAAAUGUUACAUAUUACUAGUUGUAAAUAUUUUUAAUAAUAAUAACACUUUGUGAUGGACAUAUUGAAUAAAAUAUUUAUUUUGAAA